UCUCCUUUCUCCUUUCUCCCCUUCGACCUAUAAAACCUGCCUCCUUCCCCCCGUUCUUCCCUCCUUCAUUUCCUACAACUCCCUCGCCAACACUUCGCCGGACUCCGGCCAUGUAUCCCGGAGAAGUCGCCGGAAUCCACUUCCACUUCCCUACAGCCCAGAGCAUCAUCCCAGCUUUCAGCUUUGGCGGGCUUUUUGAUACUUAUUCCAUAGCCCAUCAGGCCCACGACAUCUGGCCGGUCAUCUCUACACCUGAGGAGAGUGAGGAUCGUCAGCCCAGUCCCGCCGACGAGCGGCGGCGGCGGCGGAUGAUAUCGAACCGGGAGUCGGCGAGGCGGUCGAGGAUGCGAAAGCAGAGGCAGCUGGACGAGCUGGCGGGGCAGGUCGGUCGCCUCCGCUCCGCCAACCGUCAGCUUCUCGAUGAACUCAACAAGGUAAUGAGAGAUCAGGAAGAUAUCCUCGAUGAGAACCACAGGCUCGGUGAGGAGGCCACUGCGCUGCAAAAGAGGCUAAGGACUCUGCAAGCAGAACAUUGCGAUGAGCCCAGCCCAGCCCACCUUAGAACCAAGCCCAACAGCCCAUGUUCUUAAGGAGCACCGUUUCUAU